CUGUGUUUCCAAACAGAUUCAAAACGGCACGUUAAUCAAGUAAACGUCUUCGCUUCAGUUACUCCAAAGCUUUCUUUUAUUUCCUCAUUUUUGCAGAUCUCUUGGGUCAUCUUUGCUCCUAAUAUUGGAAAAUUCUGAAGUCAUGAAGCCAGGAGUUUCAUCUUUAAAUCCAUAUGCAGAAGCAUAUGUGCCACUUUGUAAAAGAGAGGCAUACGAUAGAACUGAGUGUACCAUUAAUGAUUCUAAGACUGGCAAUGAGACUGCCUGGUAUACAAAUCCUAUACAUGAAACACAGAACCAGCAUCAGAGCAAGGUUUCUCUGGCUUCUGUUGCACCUGGUGACGAAAAAGGUCCCAUUCCUGAACAGUCUAGCGUGAAGUACCACCCUAUUCAUGAUUCUUAUGGUUCAUCUUCAAGUAAACAGAUGAUGGAUGAGGAAAACGACAUGGAGAUGGCAUAUCUGCAGAUGACAUUUCCUGGUUUAUCUGAUCAGUCCCUGGCUGAUGUCUAUAUGGCGAACAAGUGUGACUUGGAAGCCACCAUUGACAUGCUGAACCAACUUGAGUUCGAUGCUGUUGAAUCUUCCGAAAAUUUACCUGACUCUUUGGACAUAGGUGAUGUUCCAGAAUAUAGGGCUUCAUCUGAGUCUGCAUCUUUGAAACUAAAGAAUGUAGUAGGUGAAGCUAGUUCCUCGUCAUCUGGUUCCUCUGGCCCAGCCAUUCCUCCUGAAUGAUUUUCUGAGAGAUAAGUUCAAUGUGUUUCCGUUCGGUUCUUUUUAAAAAAAAAAAAAAAACCAUUUACAGAUUGUGGAUAAGAUGUAAGUAGGGAAAUAUUCUUUGGAGGUUAGUGGCAUCAUACAUAUGUUUGGUUAUGGUUGUAUAGAACUAGGUGAUUGUGCCUUAAGCUUCUCUUCCUUUCUAGGUUUAAUAUUUUUGUUUUAUGGGUCAAAAGCCCCUUAUGCAAUUACAAUGCCAGAUUGCAGUUCUCAUCAUUCUAAUUGAUCUCUGAUUGUUGGUUUUGA